GUCACGCCCCUUGUAAAAACGUGAGAAACGGCCUUCCUCUCGCAGCAGCUUACCAGCAAACUUGCGUUUAAUUUGAGCCAGACAUUUCAAAAACCAUCCAUAGCAUUUUCGCUUACUCUGCUCUCAGCCGUCACCAAACAAGGGCUUCUCAAUCUUCACCACACAAGUCGACGAUGCGUAGCGAUAGAUAGUCCGUUGCGGUAUUCGCAGUAACGAAGGAGGUAACCGCGAGGCCAUGACUCGACAGCAAUUAUUCACCACGCGCGGCCAUGUAGUGCUCGGCGGCCAGCUUGCGAGCUCGUCCGAGGCGGCGUCCGCUUCAUAUUUGCCCAGAACUGAUGAAUACCACUUCAACAGCGGCAGUCGCGGCGGCGGGGCCGGCCGCUUGUUGCUGAGGUCACCGGGUGUCACGGCGGACUGCCGCCAGCACCGCGCUGCGGGCCGACCGCUGGUCUUUUGCUCCGUCACAGCUGGGGGAAGCUCCGGCGGCCUCCCGGUGCCUUCGUCUUCGGGCCGUUCAGAUGUCAGCGGCAACGGCAGCGGGAGAAAGGGCGGCCAGCGGGGCUCUAACAGCGCUGACGGCAGCCCCUCGGCGGAGGGGAAUGGGCCGCCAUCGCUGGAGCGGCUGCCUGUGGCGAUAAAGAAGGGCGAGCAGCUGCUGCCAUACGUGUGGGACGGCAAACGCAUCAGCGCCAUGGACGAGGCGGCCAUUGCGGAGGAGGACGUCAACAAGGGGCGGCUUCGCAACUGGGUUCUGGGCCUGCAGCGGCGGCUGCACGAGGCCUUCCUGCCCGACCCGCGCGACGUCACACCGGACUAUUGGGACUGGCUGCGCUGGCGGCUCAGCCAGCGCUUCUUCAGCUCCACAAUGCAGAACUUCUCGUUCUCGGCGCUGCUCAUGGCCACGGGGCUGGGGGCGAAGAAGGCCUUCGCCGCCUCCGCCGCCAUCAACUGGCUGCUCAAGGACGGCGUCAGUCGCAUCGUGCGCAUGACUGUGUCCACCAGCUUCGGACAGACCUUCGACGCAGACCUGAAGCGCAUGCGCUUCAUCACCUCGCUCAUCUUCACGGGCUGCAUGGCCGGAGAGUUCGCAACACCCUUCUGGCCGCAGCACUUUGUGGCCCUGGCCUCCGUCAGCAGUGUGGGGCGGGCGGUGGGGCUGUCCGCGUUCGUGGCCACACAGCCCGCGUUCCAGGCUGCACUGGCCACUGGGGGCAAUCUGGCGGACCUCACCUCCAAGAACCAGGCACAACACAUGGUGAUGGACAUGCUGGCUCUGGGCGUGUCCGCCGGCCUCACCUGGCUGUGCCGCGGCAUGCCGCGCGGCGGACUGCUGCUGCCGGCCGUCAUGUACCCCAUAUGCGCAGCGGGUGACCUGACCUGCAUCUGGCACGAGCUCAAGGCGGUGCAGCUGCGCUCGUUGAACCGCGAACGGGCCGAGAUGGUGAUAGAGCGGUGGAUGCGGCGGGGCGGAGCGGUGCCGGACGCGGCAGAGAUCGCCGCCGCCGAGAGCCUGGUGUGUGCCUCUGACGUGUGGGGCGGCUGCCUGCCCCUCUCGAUCACGUCGCUGGACAAGAUCGUGCCUCGCGACCCCGCGGCCCUGCGGCGCCUGCUGCGCGACUACGAGGGCGAGCAGUACGUGCUGGCCGUGGCGCCCCUGGCCGCGGGGGCGGGGGCGGGGCCAGCAGGCGGAGGCGGAGGAGGAGGCGCGGCGGGGGCGUCGGGGAGGCAGCAGGAGCACGCGGGCAGCAGCAGCAGCAGCAGUUGCGGAGGAGGAGGAGGGGGGCCGUUUGGGUGGCUGCCCUGGAUGCGUGGAGUCGGUGCGGGAGCAGCAGCAGGCGGCGAGGCCGGGGCGGGGUCGGGGUCUGCGCCGCGUGUGCUUGUGUCGCUCAGUGACCGCGCCGCCCCCUCCGACAUCACCAAGGCGCUGCUGCAUGCGGCCUACCUGCGCAAGGCCGUGGUGGAGCACCUGGAGCGGCACGCCGCCUCGCAGCCCCAGCCCCACCACCACCACAAGCAGCCCCACACCCACUCCCACAACCACCACAACCACCACAACCACCAUAACCACCAGCAGCACAACCGCAGCCACAGCCACCCACACCUGCAGCCGCUGCUUUCCAGCCUCCCAGAUGCCGGCAGUGGCAGCAGUAGCAGCAGUAGCAGCAGCGCCGGUGGCAGUAGCAGCGCGAGCCACGACUCACGGCUGCUCAGCAAGCUGCACGAGGCCGGAGGCAGUAGCGGCAGUAGCAGUGGCGGCAGCAGCGGCAGUAGCAGUGGCAGUGCCGGCGGCGGGGUGGUGACGGGGCACACGCACGACCACAUGCACUGGGACCCCCACCACCACACCUACUACCACCACUCUCAUUUCCACACACACACCGGCCCUGCCUCCACCAGCUCAGCCGCCGGCGCAGCCGCGCUCGCGCCACACACCGCCAGCCUCAGCCUCAGCCGCACCCACAACAACAGCAACAGCGCCAAUAACAAACACGCGAAUGGCAGUAGCAACAGCAAUGGCAGUAGCAACAGCAACGGCAGUAGCAACAGCAACGGCAGUAGCAACAGCAACGGCAGUAGCAACAGCAGCGGCAGUAGCAGCUAUGACCCCGCGGGGGGCAGUGAUCACCACGACGUGCAACAACACAUGCAUGUGCGGCGGGCGGCGGCGGUGCCGCCGGCGCUGCCACGGCUGGCGUGGCGGGGGGAGCUGGCGGCGCGCCUGGAUGCGGACACGUGGGCGCGGCUCAUCAGGUCCAGUCGGCAGGAGGCGGCGCGCAACCUGCCGCGGCUGCUGCAGCAGGCGGAGCAGGCGGGCUGGAAGCUACAGCCGUUCAUGCUCAACACCGCGGAGCGAGUGCAGUUCGUGCGGCUGUAGCGGCGUGCUGUCCUUAGUGUGGGGUUGGACCUGGGCGGUCGGAGGCUGGAGGCUGGAGGCUGGAGGCUGGAGGCUGGAGGCUCGGGGGCUCGGGGGCUCGGGGGCUCGGGGGCUCGGGGGCUGCCACUCACCGCUGUGGGGCUGAGUGGCAGCGAGCACUGCAGGCGGCGGCCCUGGCGGCACCGGCAGCAACACGCCGCCAUGGCGCCGCCAUGACGGCGGCAUGCGGCCCAGGCGGCCCAGGCAGCUGCGGCAGCCGAGGCGGCCCAGGCGUGGUCGUAGAGCUGUCGGUGGUGGAGGGGGGCGGGCAGGUCUGGCGGCAGCAGUGGGGACCGGCGAGGGCAGGUGCGGGCCUACCUGCAGGGGCUCUUGGCACACGUGACCGUAGCGUGUGCGGAUGCGAGGUAUUUUUGUUUUGGAUCUCCCUGCGUGCGGGCGUGCGGGAGCGUAUUUUCCAGGCUUAGGGGCCGAAUGAAUGCACUGAAAUCAUUAAGCGCUUCGUUGAGACCAAGGCCGAGGUCUCGCCCACCAAGAAGCGCCGCGUGUGAAAUGUGCGUACAGCCACGUACUGUACACACGCGCACGUGGACGUAGACAGGUUGGCGCACUUCAUUUUUCCAACAUUUAUUGAGAUGGUGCAUGCAUUUGAUUGCGACGUCUAGACAGCGGCGCCGCGUUUGCGCGUUCGUGCAUGUAGUCGGGUAACAACGCAUGUGUGCUUGUGGCACGGUGCAGUGCGUGGCAUGGCAUGGCAACAUGGGGGAGCAGUGAAGCAGGUGGGGGAAGACGUGAGAACACGCGGUAACCAGCUUGCUAUCCGAGGGGCGAGUAAAGAAAGGCGUGGCGCGGCACCAAUCACGUGCAGUGUCGGAACCACCGGUUGGCAGUGCAGGGGAACAAUGAGGCCCCGAAGCGGCGGCCAGGGCCCCGCAGCCACCUUGAGUUAGGCAGUCGCAGCCUGGUGAUUGGGUGCGCGUUUUGGCCGGUCCUUACGGGUUCUUACGGGUGCGGUUAGCCCCCGGCCCCUUUCCCCCGUGAAAGCGGACAAGAGGCGCUGAACGGCUGAAGCACCCAAAUACCCAAUGCACGUGUCACGUACCGGAUACGGCUGGUUGUGGCUACUCAUUCCUUGUAAUGCCGUGUCAAG